AUGAAGAAUGACUUUGCAUAUCUGUUUUUUACCUCCCAGAUGUUUAUAAGUUUCCUAUAAGAGACCAGCCCAGAAAAUCUAGUUGUUGCUGUUAACUGUGAGUACUUGUAGGCUGAGCUAACGGGCCACUCACAGUACAGAUCGUUCAGCCUCUGUAACUAUUCAUUCCUGCCGGAUAAGGGGCCUCAGGAUAUCAAGCAAGCUGUCUGCUGUUUCUCUCUUGGCACAGGCGUACAGGAACUGUAACUUCUUAGAAAAUGCUUUGUCUCUGCCUUUUGCUUUUUGCUCUUCCGUGGACACAGACAAGUCUUUAUGAAAAUGGCACACUGGAUCACGAGUGGGAGUUGUGGAAAAAGACAUAUCUUAAGCAAUAUAAUAGUGAGAUUGAUGAGAUCUUGAGGCGUCUGAUCUGGGAGAAAAAUCUGAAGUUAAUCACAUUGCACAAUCAGGAGUACUCCCAGGGUCUGCACACUUAUGAAUUGGCAAUGAACCACCUGGGAGACUUGACUAGAGAGGAAGUAGUCAAGAUGUAUACAGGUCUGAAAGUCCCCACAAACCGAAGGCCCAACAACUUCACAUUUGAUGAGAAUAAGGAACCUACAGCUUUGCCAGAUUCUAUCGACUACAGGAAAAAAGGUUAUGUCACUCCAGUGAGAAACCAGGGAUCAUGUGGGUCCUGUUGGGCUUUUAGCUCUGUUGGUGCCUUGGAGGGACAGUUGAAGAAAACAACAGGAAAACUGGUGGUGCUCAGUCCUCAAAACCUUGUAGAUUGUGUUAAGGAGAAUGAUGGCUGUGGAGGAGGUUAUAUGACCAUUGCAUUCGAGUAUGUGAAAGAAAAUGGUGGUAUUGACUCAGAGAAAGCAUAUCCGUAUAUCGGAGAGGAUGAAGAAUGCAAGUAUGACCCGGCUGGCAAGGCUGCCAAGUGCAAAUCGUACAAGAAUGUGACAGAAGGAAGUGAGAAGGCUUUGAAAAAAGCAGUGGCCACUGUUGGACCUGUCUCUGUUGGUAUAGAUGCCAGUCAAAGCACCUUUCAGUUUUACAGCAAAGGUGUGUACUAUGACAAGAACUGCGAUGCUGAAGCUAUUAAUCAUGCUGUGCUGGCUGUGGGCUAUGGAAUACAAAAGAAAUCAAAAUACUGGCUUGUUAAAAACAGCUGGGGUACAGAAUGGGGCAACAAAGGUUACAUCCUAAUGGCCAGAGACAAGAACAAUGCUUGUGGCAUUGCUAACCUAGCCAGUUACCCUCUCAUGUGAUUUAAGAGUGCUGCAGAAUGAGGAAGAAUUAUUCCAUCAUGUCCAAAGUCUAUGUGACUGUAUAGAAACCAUAUCUGGUUUUGUUUAAAUCUUCAUUCAUGAUUUUAUAUGCAGAUACGUACAUUCAUUAAUGGUGUUUUUUUUAAGAAUUGUGGGGCCCACAGCAGUGCUUGUCCAGGGGCCAGUGAAGUCUUCUUGCCUGUAUUGAGGAUUAAUAAGUAACUUCAAUGUAUUUCACUUUUUAGAUUAGUUGUCAGACAGAUAAGUCUAAUGAGUCUUUAAUAGCAUAUUGUUUUUCUUUAUUCAUUGGAAUCUCCCUUUUUUCCCAUGAUGCUGCCAGGGAAGUUGCACUGUUUCCUAAAAUCCAGCAUAUACCUACUGGUAGCACCAGGGGAAUAUAUACUUUUUUAUAGUUACAAUUGCAACCUUUAUAAUACAAUUAGACAAAUCUCUCAAUUUGAUCUGAUGAAUAUAGAUAUAAAUGUGUUAGCUACAGAAAGGGCAUUAAAUUAAAUAUACUGGUCUAUUUGGCCUGAGCCCGGUGUACAGUUUAUAUUCCUGAAUGUGCUAAAUCCUAAUGAGAUCUUUACCUUUCGAACACACCUAGUGCUGAUCUCAGAGCACACAUAGGGGUCAAUUUAACAAGCAGCGGAUGCUACAUCCACGCCCCAUCGUUUCUUGUCCACCAGAAACUAAAAUUAAGAAGCAGCGGUCAGGAUGAUUGACGGCCCCUGCUAGCGGGUGAGCAGGGGGCGGCAUUGCACAAGCAUUUCACUAGAAUCAUGUCCGCUCGACCCAUGGUAAAUCUACACCAUAGGGUAUGACUGCUGUGCACACACCACGCAUGCACUUGAGUGACAAUAUGCAUGCAGGUUCAGUUAGCACCCUACGUAUAUUUAGUUUUAUUUUAUGUCCCCUUAAAACAAAUCAAUGUUCUGUUGUGAAUUGUUACUUUUUUUUUUUAUAAAUUAAAAUCAGAGUCUGGCACUCUGGUGUUAGAAAUAUUUACAUUUUGGUAACUAAAUUCUGAAAUACGUAAUGACAUUUGUAUACUGUAUGUACUUAUGUUUUCAUACCCAUUGUUUGGAUUUUUUCUAAGAAUUUCAAUUAAAUAAAGCUAUAAAAUAAG